CGGGGUUAAGGACCCACGCAGGCGGGGAGCGGUAUAAACACGCCAGCAGCGCUCCCAUGGAAGUAACUUUGGCCGAUUCGGGCUAAGUUAACAUGUGUUUUUCUCUCAUAUCAUGCUCCCCGCGUUCACUCGUCGCUUUCUGGUGAUGUGAGGUGACGCUGCUACUAAAAUGUGGGACUUUUCUAUUCAACGCGCUAAAGAAGGUGGAGCAGCGUUGGGAGCGAAGUAACGGUGCGGACGUUAGCUGCGCGCUAGCUUGCCAGCAAUAGCAAGAGUUCUGAAGUUCGGACGGACUCCGUCAUGGAGGACGCGCCGUUUUCUAAAUACUCCUGGGUGGACUUCGCCUUCUCCGUGAUGGGAGUGUGCACGUUCCUCAUAGACUGGGGCUCGGACGUGUGGGUCGCCACGGAGUUUUACCGCCGCGGCGACAUCUUCUGGUUCGGGGUUCUGGUCGCCCUCAUGCUCCUGUCCUCGGUCGUGGUCCAGAUGUUCAGCUGGUUCUGGCUCAAGUACGACCGCCGGCUGCCGGAGUUCAGCGCGGAGAGCGGGGCCGGAACCGUGCUGUUCGGGGACAGAGUGAAGAUCUCCUGCCUGUUGCAUCUGCUGCAGCUCGGGUUCCUCUUUCGGCACAUCUCGGCCAUCCGCCAAGGCUUCAGGGUGUGGUGGCUGAAGCAGGAAGGGUCCGAGUACGCCGUGUACCUGACGCACGACCUCAGCAUGCUCAGGCUCAUCGAGACGUUCUGCGAGAGCGCGCCGCAGCUCACCCUCAUGAUCUACGUCAUGCUGAGCGCCAACAAGGCCCGGACCUUCCAGUUCGUGAGCAUCGCGGCGUCGUUGACCUCCAUCGCGUGGAUGGUGGUGGACUACCACCGCUCCCUGCGCUCCUUCCUGCCAGACAAAGCCAAGCAGAGCUGGGGUUCCUCCUUCAUGUACUUCCUGUGGAACCUGCUGCUGAUCGCGCCCCGCGUGGCCGCCCUCGCCCUGUUCGCCUCCGUGCUGCGCGGGUGCAUCGCUGCCCACUUCGCGCUGCUGUGGGUUGUCUUCGUCUUGUGGGCGUGGCGGCAGAGGACCGACUUCAUGGACAGCAUGGAUGGAGAGUGGCUCUACCGGGCCACCGUGGGGCUCAUUUGGUACUUCAGCUGGUUUAAUGUGGCAGAGGGUCGGACCCGGGCGAGGAGUCUCAUCUACCACGUGUUCAUCACUUCAGAUGGAGUGAUCCUGCUGCUAACAUGGUGGCUGUACAGAGACCCCCUCCAGACGGAGUCAUAUGACCUCGCCCUCAUCAUCUCGCUACCUCUCACGUACCUCCUGGGGCUGCUCCUCAAAGCACUCUAUUACAGCUGCUUCCAUCCCAAACUGUGGAGACCUCCAGCACCGGACACAAAACCGGGGGAUGAUCAUCCUGAUGCACAAGUGCCCUUUAGAGACUUUUCCAUCCAGGACAGGACCCUGUCCUCUCAGCUCCUUAACAGGCGGAUGGCCUGCCAUGCUGCUCAUUUCUACUCAGGGCAAGGAAACAAGCAAAGCACAAAAACAGAGUCAUCGUAUCUCGAACAAUGUUAAAGGUGCAGUCACUGUAUGUCUGACAGUGUUUUAAUAGUAGUACAUUCUUAGUACCAGGUCCAGUCUCAGGAAUGUUCAGCGCUUGACUUUAUUGCAUCUUAACAACGGUUAGAACCAGUGACGUAGAGAACUCUUUGUUAUAGACGACAUAGAAGUCCCACAUUGUUGGAAGAGUAAGUAGGAAGAGUUGGGGACUUUCCUGUUCUCUCUUUAUUUUCCUUGAGCUUAAAGCUUGACAGAAAACUGCCACGUGGCCAUUUCCUCUCAUAAACUUAGUAACACUUAAACAGUGUCCUUCACAUUAGUCCCUCAUACUGUACUUUGAUAUAGUAGUAAAUUUCAUAAACAUCUGCUAAACAUCUGUGUUUUAUUUUUAAUACUGCAGCCAAGCACAGGCCUAAUGAAUCCAGGUACUUCAUCACAAUGAUCCACUGCUGUAAACCUUUCAGUUUCUUCAUGAAGUAGUUUAGUAAUAACUUAACAGCCAGUUUUAUUUUUUAUGCAUUUUAUUGUAUUUCAUAACUUCAACCGAGGGUAGCAUGAUAAGCUAGCAAAUAUAUGUGGGUAAAUGUUACGUUUCAAUUUUCACACAGUACAAGAAAUCACAAAUGACAUUAAUACUUUGUUUGGUGUUCUGUAUUUUAAAAAUGCAAACUUUACCAGCACAAAGACAACUGCCAAAUCAAACACUGAGGAAUAAUAUUUGAAAUAUUAAUAUGUAUGAAAAGGGGUGACAUCUGGACAGUCACAUGAAGAUUAAAGUAAGGUUGGACUUCGCAGGGUUUUGGAUGAAGCCAGACGUGUCUGAGCCGUCUUCAGGGUCAUGUUGCAGCUGGAACUUUAAUGAAACAUAUUGAAUGUAGAUUUAGUAAUAAGUUUUGGUAUUUAUAUGACUUCCAUGGGUUGCAGUUUUUAUAUUUGUAAAGCUAGUUCUGUUCGAGUGUUGAUUAUGAACGAUGGUAAUAUUCCUUUGAAUGUCAAAUUGAAGCAUGUGACUCUGACGCUUUUCUGUGUAAGAAGUUUUACUGGUUUGGUGAAAAAUGCUGUUUUACUUUUUGACUCAGACUGUUGUAUUUAACCCUAUUUAAGUUGGGAUUUGUUCUCUGUUUUUCCCACAUGUCAUUGAAUGCUCAUACAAGGAGUUGCAAAUCCAAACAAGUGGAGGUGCCUUCUGCCUGUGACUCCUUUACCUCAUUCGCUCUGAGCAAUCAUUAAAGUGGGAGCAAUGCUUCA